AUGGGACGAGGCAAAGGACGUGCGAAGGGCAUUGAUGUGACGAAACACAUUUUUCAGCCCAGCGGCCCGUCGGAUCUCAUUUCUGUGCGGAUAUCCCCCGCGGAGGUCAUUCACGUGCUGGAGGAGGACCUCAGCCCCACGGAGGGGAGCGUCGCCGCCUUCGCCCUCAAGCGGGAGGGGCGGAUGGAGGCCCCCGUGAAGUUGUGCGCCAACUGGCGACAGGGCGCCUGCCACAGUUACGCCGCCUGCAGCAACGCCCACGUGAAGGCGUACUUUGACAGUCCCGUGCUGCCGGCCGUAGGGAAUAAUAACAAUAAUAAUAAUAACAACAACAACAACAAUAACAACAACUCCACACCACUGGGAAGCCCCGUGCAGCGAGCACGUGAGGAUUGGAGUCACCUUACCUUGCAGCAACAACAACAUCAUCAUCACUCCCACAGUAACCACCAGCAUCAACAACAACAACAACAACAGCCAAAUAGCAAUUCGUCAGAUCCAGCCCGUCUGUCUGAUCACAAGACUUCUUCUACUAUUUCACACAGUACACCAAUACCUGUACCGAGAAGUCAACAAGUUAACAGACUGACACCUAAUACAACGGGUUCCUCCGCUAUUCUGGGUACUCCCAACACUGGGAUACAAUGGAGCCGUAAAGUUUUGGGGAAUGGUAUUCAGCAAGGAAAUUAUCCACAACAGCAUUCACUACAGAAACCACUGCAGACGCAUGAAAUAAUACAACAACAACAACAGUAUGUAGUUUCACAAACUCGGGGAAGCUGGGGUGGUCAAAAAGUUUCUGAUGAUAUUAACUGGGUGACGACCAAUGGUACAACAGUAGUGGACACCUUUUUAGAGGCCGCCUCACAUAAGCAACAUGGAAAAAAUGAACUAACAAGGAAUGAUGUUCACUAUGGUUCCAGUAAUAAAAACAAUAUCAUCGCCUCCACCAGAAAUAAUAAUAGCAACAGCAACAACAGCAGCAAUAAUGUUUUUGCUUCCUCCAAUAGUGGAAAUGGGGUUCACUUAACUGGACCAGAGAAUGCUACUGGAAGUCUCAUAGAUGAUGUAUGGGCUACUUCGGGACUUGAACAAAAUAGUGUUUGUGAUGCUACCUGGUGUGUUGGGGGCUCUGAAGGGUGGGAUCUGCACCCCUCUGGUAUAUUAUCAGGAGAAUCAACAGGAGGGGUAACCGCAACGCCAGCAACCGUAACGACAACCGUAACUCCAGUAACCAUGACGGCAUCCACAACUAGGUCAUUAGGCACAGGAGCAGUAACGAUGGAUGGGGCAUCAGUUUUUAUGGGACAUGAAUUAAAUGUAACAAAUUCAGUGGCCUCGCGUGGGGAUCUCUGGGGUUCAUUUUCUGCCAGUAAUACUCUCUCUGUAGGAAGUAGUAACAGAAAUGCUGGAAUAACAUCCCCCUCUGAAGCGCUUAAAAAUCAAUUACUACGCGAGUUAGUUGGAGCUGGUAAUGAUACUACCGAUCCCUCUUCUAUGUUAGACUCCGUGCACUGCGACAGUCGAACAAACUUGCAGGCGAGCAGUUGUUUCUCUUACCCAGAAAGUGGUAAAACAACCUCCGAGUUCUUAUCUUUGUUAGGUGGGAGUGAAGAGAAGACCUCCGCCAGCAGUGUCAUCUCCGCACAGUUACAGAAUCCCUCUACUGUAGAACAGCUUAUGUUGCUUCUUACUACAGAGGAACCAGGUGAAGCAAAGAAGUAA